AUGACCAUUCUGCACAACCCAGGUGUGCCGCGCGUCCUCAAUCGCAUCAGCCCGCAGCGCCUUGAGCUGACGCUCGCGCUUAUCAAGGAGCGCAAGAAGAAGCUGCGCUACCUUGGCAGCUACCUGCAGCACUACAACGACCGCAUGUUCCUCUACAAUGCCAUGGGCGGACUGAAGGGCACCAAGUUCAUCGUUGAGCGCCACCACCACCGUGCGCAGUUCUGCCACCCGACGCUGCACAACGAGCGUUUCGACGUGCGCACCGUCAAGCUGAAGGGCUCGCAGUUUGACCAGCUUGGCAACUUCACCCGCUCCACGUGGGACUGCUCCAUCGCCUCGACGAACCUCUUCCAGGACUCGACGUUCCGCCGCCACCUCACCGCCAUUCACAGGGAUGAGGCCAUAGCGCUCCUCGAGGGGUGGGGUGUGAAGUACGUGCUGCUCGACGAGGUACGAAAGCCGUCGGUGCAGGAUAGCAUUUACGUGCGGCACAAGUUGUACGCGCAUAAAUUCCCAUAUAUCCCCAACCCCGUCACAAACGCGUACUAUGGCGAUGCCGAUUGGAAGUGGAAGGGGAAUGAUAAGAUCGAAUACGCCGACUACGGUGCGGCGACGAAGGACGAGCGGAACACGUUUCAAAGCCUGUGGACGGCUGCCGUCAGGGAAUCUAAACGCGUGCCCACCAGAGCAGCAGUAGCGGCGGCGGCGGCGACGCCAAAGAAGUAG